UCGAUUAUCGUCCAGUCUUGAUCAGUUUUUUACAUACGAAGUCGAGCUUGCAAAAAUUAAGUAACCCUUUAUGCUUGUAGCAUCAUUCUUCCCCUUUAAAUCGUUCGAAACUAUGAAUGUCAGGGAGGGGUUUUAAAUAACUGCAAAGGUUGGUUCGUGUAAUUUGCGCACACGUGUUUGUAUUACGGUGUUUUUCUUGUUUCAAUACUUUAAUCACUUUUAUGAUUCAACAAUAAUGAGGAAAAUUAUUGCAAUCAAAAAUUUUGCGGCCAUUUGGAUGAUGGUAAUAUUCGUUUACCGUUUCCAAAUGUUGGAGGCACGUGAAAAGGACUGGUACAGAACAGCGUCGAUGUAUCAAGUUUAUACACGCUCAUUCAAGGACACCAAUGGCGAUGGAGUAGGAGACAUUAAAGGAGUGCACGAGAAGUUAGAUUACAUUCAAAAAGUCGGUUUUGAUACGAUAUGGAUUCAAACUUUAUUCAAAUCCCCAAUGAAGGACAUGGGUUACGAUAUAUCCGACUUUAUGGCAGUGGACCCGCUGUUUGGCACAAUGGAGGAAUUGAAAAGAUUGAUUGACGACAUUCAUACACGAGGAAUGAAAAUAAUCGUAGAUUUUGUCCCCAACCACACCAGCGAUGAAAGUGAGUGGUUUGAAAAAUCAAUCAAUAAAAUAGAACCUUACACCGAUUUCUAUGUUUGGGCGAAUCCAAACGGUUCAGAUCCCGAAACACAACUUCCUUUACCACCUAACAAUUGGCUGAGUGUAUUUGGAGACUCUAUGUGGGAAUGGAACGAAAAGAGACAACAGUUUUAUUUACACCAAUUCAGCAUUUCUCAGCCAGAUUUGAACUAUCGCAACCCUAAGGUCAAAGACGCAAUGCAGGAAAAUAGAUCCAGAGAGGGGGCCGACCCACUCGACACUGUGGAAGGAAACCGAGAGGUGGUGCUGGCGAGGAUUGAAAAAGGAGAGUUUAGCACUGAUCAGGACACUUCGGACGACCCUUGCCGGCGGUACCAGAUCGCCAAACAGAAAGCGGGUCUACGAUUAAACCAGGCGUUUCCGCCGGGGCCCCGAAGUAGCCGCGUUGGGCAGACUCCGUCACCGACCAACACUGAGGCGGUUCAGGAGUGCGCAACUGGUUUCAACGCCUUCAACGCCCUCCCCGCGGAGUACAAGCAAACGUGUCCAAACGCCCGCAGUCCAAAUUGCGUGCUCAUCGACGGUUGGUAUACCUGCGCUGUAGCCGUGCCCAAGAGGAUGUUCAAUUGUUGGACAUACAGCUCGGUGCAUGUCACCCUGAAGAGGUGCGCGAAUGAAAUCAUCGCGCAGAAGAAACGAGAGGAAGACAACCGGCGGAUCCAGUUGCGAGUGCAGCGGGACAUGGAUUAUCUUUCACGAGCUGCCAGUCUUGCGAAAGGUGGGUCACCAUCAACACCGGCACCGCCCCCGCCUAACUUUCAAGGGAGCGGCGGCCGAGGAAGUGGGGGCGCCCAAGGAGGUGGGGGCCGAGGGGGUGGCGCCCAAGGAAGUUUCGGCCAAAGAAGUAGCGGCCACGGAAGUUUCGUCCAAAGAGGUAGCGGCCAAGGAGGUGGCGGCCAACAAAUUGGUGGCCAACAAAGUGCCACGUUUCCCCCCCGUGAACACCGUAGGGUUGGUUCGUGGGGGUGAACGAGGAUGGGAAUUUUGCAUCCGAGUUUUUCACAGUGGCCCACGGUAAUUUCCUGCUCGACGCCCUUAACCGGGGGAAAAAUGGACUGAGUUAAGCAGAAAGGAGCCAACCCACAUUUUGGGAAAAAUUGAAUGGACAACUAGACACGGUGCACAUUUCAGCAUUUUGAUACAUGUUUCUCAAUCAAAAUUUCACGUAAAA